UUGUUCCAAACUUGUCUCAACGCGGUACGGGAAGCAUACACACCGGGACGCAGAACAGCGGCGUGCGCCAUGAACAACAGGUCCGUGGCUCAGAACGCACCGCGAGUCGGCGGCGGAACAGUGGCUGUGGACCACGAACUCGUCAUCACCUCCACUUUCGGGACUCUUUUGUCCGUGGUGUACGUCGUCGGAGUUUCGGGCAACGUGUACACGCUGGUGGUGAUGUGCCACUCGAUCCGGUUCGCCACUUCCAUGUACAUCUCCAUCAUCAACCUGGCUCUGGCGGACCUCCUCUACCUUUCCACCAUCCCCUUCGUGGUGUCCACCUACUUCCUGAAGGACUGGUACUUCGGAGAUGUGGGUUGCCGUAUUUUGCUCAGCCUGGACCUCCUCACCAUGCACGCCAGCAUCUUCACCCUCACCGUCAUGUGCACGGAGCGCUACCUGGCCGUCACCCAGCCGUUGGACACGGUGAGGCGCUCCAAGAGUUACCGUAAAGCUCUGGCUUGGGGUGUUUGGCUGCUUUCUCUGGUUCUUACCGUGCCCAUGAUGAUAAUGGUCUCUCAGACCACUAAAAGCACCCCGGAUGGGGGCGUAAAGAGAAUGUGCGCACCCACAUGGGCGCCCCUGGCUUACAAGGUAUAUGUGACUGUCCUUUUUGGCACCAGCAUCAUGGCCCCGGGGCUCGUUAUCGGCUACCUUUAUGUCAGGUUAGCGCGCACUUAUCUAGAGUCUCAGCGCAACUGUGUCAUCAGCAAAGGCGGCAAGCGCUCACCGAAACAGAAGGUGCUGAUCAUGAUCUUCACCAUCGUACUAGUGUUCUGGGCUUGCUUCCUGCCCUUCUGGAUAUGGCAGUUGUUUCCGCUGUACCACACCAAGCCGCUCAGGCUGGCCUCGCAGACGCACACCUGCAUCAACUACCUGGUGGCGAGCCUGACCUAUAGCAACAGCUGCAUUAACCCUUUCCUGUACACGCUGCUCACCAAGAACUACAGAGAGUACCUAAAAAACAGACACAAAAGCUUCUACAGGUACAUGUCCUCUUUUAAGCAGCGACCACCCAGCCUCCACUCCUGGGGGAAGUCCGCUUCGUCCAGCAACCAGUUCGAGUUCAACUCCGAGACGCUGGUCAUGGGGACGCUGAUGUGA